AUUAAAAGCGCUGUUCGAUAAUUUAAAAUCAACAACAACGUGGAGUGUGGAGUCUUACUUUUUCAUCGUUGAAGUAGAAAAUACUUGUGAAAACGCUAAUGAAAUUCUCAAAUUAUUAUAGAAGAUGGAUUUACUGUCAUCUUAUUAUUUGUGUCGAGAAUCUGAUUCUGGCAAUUUGAUCAUCUACAAUUACAACCCAUUUACCAACUAUGCACCAUAUCCAUGGAGAAGCGCUGAAACAACUAGUCAAGAAAUUGCUGAGAAGGGAACAUUAUUUCAUCAAUAUUUCGAUAAUGAUCAGAGAGUUUGUCACAACAUUACCUUUGACAAAACUAAAACGCUUGGCAAUCAUAAAAUUAAGACAAUGAUAACAUUUUCAUUACCAAAUGCUACUCGUGAUGAUGUGAUUGAUAUUAGGAAUGUAAAUUUUAAAUUGAUUGAAGAUCCAAAAAAACCAUCUGUGAAUCUCUUAUUCGAUGUCUUGAAUAUAACACCAUCUCUAUAUAUUAUUCACCCGGGUGCUGUGAUUGAUGCUUCAAAGAAAGGAUACCUGAAAGCAUUAGUUAGUGGCAAUUACGACAUUAUCGGAAGAAAUAUGCCUAUUGCGAAAACUAAUUAUGAAUAUACUGAUAUACUGACUUAUUAUGGAGUAAUUCAAUUUUCAAUAUUAACUUAAAAACGUACUUUCUUGGCAAUAACCUGUCAAAUUGUCAGUGAACACAAUUAUGAAAUAAUUUUACUUUCGAUCAUUGUUAUACUAUCAGUUGCUAUUUGUAUAGUAAUACACAAUUACUUUGCAUUCAGUGUUUCUCUUCUAGAUGUUUUUAGUCUGAUAUUUAAUAUGGGAAUAAUGACGCCUCUCGGUAGAUUGUCGAUGCGGAUUGUGUUUGUCAUAGCAUCUUUUUUUAUUUUUUCGGCAUCUUCAGCUAUUCAGAAUGAAAUAUCGGCUCUUUUAGCGGGACCGUCUCGGUACAGUAUUGACACUUUGCAAAACUUGUUCGAUCAUCGUUAUCAUGUCUUUUAUGAUCAGGAAUUGGAUCAGGAUAUCUUAAAUCAAAAUAUAUGGGUUACUGACGAUGACAAAAAAUUUUUGCAUGCUUGUGGUUAUAGUAAACUAUUUCAAUGCUCCAAAAAUGCUCGUGCAAAUUCUACAAUCGCUUGUAUUUAUAAAACUUCUUUAC